AGCCGCCACGCUACUACUCCAAAACGUUUCAGCCAGUCUCUUCUCUUGGACCCGUAUGGCCGUAUACCCCUCGAAUCAAAUGGAGCGAAGUUCACAGAAGAAGUGGGAAGGCAAGGUCUCCUCGAAGUCAACGAAAGCGACAGGUGAUCAAAUAUGGUCUCUCUUCAAGGACUUCUUCAAUCUCCACAAAUAUUUUCCUAAACUCGCUACCUGCUAUGGCGUCCACGGUACUAACGGUGAGCCUGGUUGCAUCCGAUACUGUGGCGGCUUCUCUAUCCCAUCCAACGAUCGAUCAUCUAGCUGGUCAAAGGAGAGAUUGAUAACCGUUGACGAUGUAGAACGUAGCUUAAGUUAUGAGAUAGUUGAAAGCAAUAUCGGAUUCAACUCGUACGUUUCAACGGUCAAGAUUGUCGAAGAGGACGAAGUUGGGUGUGUGAUCGAGUGGUUGUUCACCGUCAAUCCCGUGGAAGGACUGGAAUUAGAUGAUUUGGUGAAGAGGUAUGAAGUGGGGCUACAAUUGAUUAUCCAAAAAAUGGAGGACUCAAUUGUAAAAACUUUUGAGCAAUUGGUGUAAUGGUGCUGUGGUGGUGCGUUUGUAAUUUGUCGAUCCUUAUCUUGCGGAAUCUUUUGGUUAAUUGUCAUCGUAAUUAUGUUCAAUUCCAAUUCCAUCAUUUGCGAUUCUCAUUUCUUUCAAAAUUGAUAUCCCAAUGCGCAAUCGGUGGCGAGCAUCCUUAUCUCUCUCCAGAUCAUCGAUACCAAUCCGAGUCAACGUCCAUCGCCAUAGCCAGCAAUAUGCCUCCAAACGGGCCCUUAUUAUGAUCCAUGUGGUCGAGUUGGCUGGCUGGGCUUAAUGGGCUGACUUAAUUUUUGUUUUAACAGAGUAUGUUCGGUCUGGUGGGCUGGGCUUACGGGACCUUGUUAUGUUAAUAUAAUGGGAUUGGCUCAGUUUAUAUAUAUGUUGUUUCGCAAACUUGUUCAUGCAAAUGCGAAUCCUGAAUGUACUUUUAUUCCUGUAACCAACUCAAUCAUCCAAUGAGAAUGAUGUGUGUAUAUUCGUGCGCA